AUGGAAGCGGAUACUAAUGCAUCAGAUAACGAUUUAGCAGAUAAUAAUUUAGAGAGCCAAGUUCCCGAUGAACCUGAAGUUGACAAUGUUGCGCCAGAUGGAGAUGCACUAGAAACAGAACCAGCAAUUUCUGAUGAACUAGAAAAUGAAACAUUGCUUGAUGAGGGGACAGAAGGCGAUGUGCUGGAUGGUGAUGUGGAAAUCGAUAAUGUAGAGUUAGAAGAAAUGGCUGAUGAAGGAAUGCAUGCGGAGGAUGAUGUAGACGAGGUCUCUAUAGACCCCGAUUCUACGGAUAACCCAGAGUUAGGUGAUGAAACGGUGGAAAAUGAAAUGCAAAGCGAUCAGCCAAUGGAUCAUGAAACAGCAAUUGAGGAAAUGGAUAAUCAUUCUGACGCACCUGAAGAAAUAGCAGAUGAUACAUACCAAACCGAUGGAAAUGUAGAUGCAGAGGACGACGCUGAUGGAGUAAUAGACAGUGAAGAUGUAGCCGAUGAACCGUUAGAUGAUGAUGUCGCAGCUGAAGAAAUUACAGACGAUGAUAAGGUGCAUGAAGAUUCGGAGAACAUGGAUGAUUCUAAUCUAAAAGAUAUUGAUUCAGAGGACGCUAAUCUAGAAGCUGAUGAGCACAAAGAUGCGGAAGUGGAAGAUAGCGAUAAUGCUAAUAGCGGAGAGGUAGAAGAUCUUGUAGCAGAUAGUUCCGACACUGUUAGUACAAAUACAGAUGACAGCAGCAAUAACACGUUAGAUAGUAAGAUAGUAAGCACUCCUAGUUUUUUGAGUAGAAAAAUAUUUGAUAAUAACUUCCUCGUUAAAUUUGAAGACAACGCUUUUCUACAGAAACUAAAAGAAAGCUCCAGGAACCUAUUCACCGUAACGGGGUUUUUAGGUUUCGUUUUUUCAGUUUUAAGUGUUGCUUUUUUUACAAUAACGUGUGCUCAUUUUCUGAAGGAACUUUCAAUGUCGUUAGAGAGGCAACAACAGAGUAUAUAUGCUAAAGGGGAUCCAUUGCUGACUACUCAGGCAACCCAGUUUUAUCAAAACACUCCAGAUGCAAUGGAAAAAUGGAAGGAAAACGAAUGGAACACAUGGAAGAGAGAAUUGGAUUACAGCUGGGAAGAAUUCAACGAAUCUGUAGAAAAUGGGAAACAGAAAUGGCUUGUAAAUAAGAACAAAGAUUGGGAAGACUGGCUAAAAUCUAUGGAAAAGAAAUGGACGCAUUAUAAUGACGGAGUAGAUAGAGAAUAUAAUUCAAACCUUUUUGAAAUAUCUGUAUACUGGAAUGACCAACAGUGGGAAAAUUGGUUAAGAACACAAGGAGAACAAUUCAUGGAGUUAGAUUGGAAAAAAUGGAUGUAUGAAAAUAAAUUCUCCUUAGACGCUUGGGCUUCAAAAGAGUGGGCCAAAUGGAAAAAAGACAAAAUAACGUCAUGGUUGUUCUGUGACUGGAAAAUUAAUGAACAAAAACAUUGGGAAGAUUGGGAAAAUAAGACAUGGCCAAAAUUAUUGCAUUUAAGAGACAGAAAAAACUGGAUCAAAUGGAAGGAAAGAAUCAAAAGGGAAUGGCAGGAGUGGAAAAACUGGGUACAGGAAAAAGAUAACGUAUUCGUAAGUAACAAAUGGAAUUGUUGGUCCAAAUGGAGAAAUGAUAGACGAGCUAUGUUUGAUGAUUGGAUGAAGCCUUUUAUUGAAAAAUGCAUAAAUGAAAAACAGUGGAAUGUGUGGAAGGAACAAAGAAAUUAUGCAAAUAGCAGAGUGUAUGCCUAA